AUGUCCAGCUUUAACGAUGCCUCUCCGAAGUUCCUAGUCGCCAAGGCCCUGAAAGCUGAACAGGAGGUGUCUAGGGCUACCACUCAUGAGCAAGCCUUCCAGGCGGCGGUUGACGUGGUUGAAAACUACAUGCAGGCGCUGCAGUUGGUGACCGAUUCCAGGGAAAGAAAGCCUCUAGAUGCCAAAUGCAGAGAAUGGUUCUUGCGAGCGGAAGAAAUAAAAAAGAACAAGGACUGGCAGGCCGUGGUCCGUAUGCAUGAGAAAAGCGGUCUUGCUUCGCGAUUCCCGAAAUCUGCACGUAAACUCACCACUCGGGAGGAAAUCAUUCUUCUCGAGAGCGCUAAGUUGAAUGGCUUUAUUUUCCCUCCAUGGGGAAAUGCCCCAGCCCCGGCAGAUUUCGAGCUGGGUGAAGGCCUAUUCACUGACAAACCGGAUCUUCGUCUGUCCGAUGUACAAAAGAGCGUUUUUGCGGGCUGGGAGCGUCCUCUUGAACUACUGUCCAGAUAUGCAGGAGAUGCCAACAAUCUGGAGUCCACACUGCCUGUGAUGUCGGUUUCAGGGCCAACAGAUCUGGUACAGGAUAUGUUGACAGAUUGCUCCGUUGUGGCCAGUCUUUGCGCUGCUAUAUCAAGGUCGGAACGUGGCCUAGAUAAGCAUCAUCUCCCUAUAAUCUUUCCCUGUGAAUACGGGCAGGUGAACCCCAGAAUUUCGCCUUGUGGAAAAUACAUAUUCCGAUUCUACUUCAAUGGAUGCUUCAGGAAAGUUGUCAUUGAUGAUCGCUUGCCAUCUUCCAAAACAUCAAGAGCACUUCAUGUUGUUGAUAAGAAACAUUCGAACUAUAUAUGGCCAGCCUUGGUAGAGAAGGCAUAUCUCAAACUCCGUGGCGGAGGCUAUGACUUCCCUGGAAGCAACUCUGGGACAGACCUGUGGGUGUUGACAGGUUGGAUUCCCGAGCAGGUCUUCCUUCAUCACGAUGAUGUGACCGCAGAGCAACUCUGGAGACGGCUGUUCAAGCGUUUCUGUAGCGGCGACGUCCUGUUGACUGUAGGCACCGGUAAACUGACUGAGAGGGAACAGAAAGAGCUAGGUUUCGUGGGUGAACAUGAUUACGCCAUCUUGGAUAUGAGAGAGGUCAAAGAUCGUCGGCAGAUGCUUGUGAAGAAUCCAUGGGCGGGUGAUGAUGUCACCGCUGGAGACAUUGCAAACUGUUUCGAUCCGAGAGAUGCUCAUACCCAGUCUUCGUCUCUACCCAGAACCUAUUGGAUGGAUAGUGAACGUGUUCUGCAGAACUUCGAGAAUCUGUAUUUGAACUGGAACCCUGGGAUUUUCCAGUACGGGGAAGAUAUCCACUUCACAUGGGACCUUUCUACUGCGAGAAGUGUAGCCGGCUGCUUUGCGAAGAACCCUCAAUUUGCCAUUACCUCUGAGGCCGGGGGCAGAGUCUGGCUGUUGCUUGGCAAACACUUCAAGACAGCAGAAUCGGAAGACCUACUAGGGGGCAAUGGGGAAAGUGAAGAGCCGGGGUUCAUUAGCAUAUACGUAUUCAAGGCGAAUGGGAAACGGGUCGCAUUAAGCGAAGGCGCGCUUCAUCGUGGUCCCUACGUUGACUCACCAAACACACUCAUGAGGCUGGAACUGCCACCAGGCGCGAUCUACACUGCUGUGAUUUCUGAGCAAUCACUGCCUGCUGCGAGCCAGAAUUUCACAUUGUCGGCCCUCUCCAAUAAUCCAAUCCUUCUCACGCACGCUGAGAAUCAAUACAGUUGUCUAACCAAGACCCAGGGAUCAUGGACAUCUUCCACCGCAGGAGGAAACGCCGAGUCCGCUCGGUACCCCUUCAACCCCCAGUUCACACUCGAGAUUCACGACUUGACAGAUAUCUCCAUCCUACUCGAACCGUCCGAGCCGGAGCUCGCCACCCAUGUCAAAUUGUUCUGGUCCAAGGGACAGCGUGUGACUAGGGUUCGAAGCCGUGAUAUCAUCACUGACAGUGGCGACUACCGCCGGGGCGGAGCUUUCGCAGAGAAAAGGAGGCUUGACGAAGGGGUGUACACUAUCGUCUGUUCCACCUUCGCUCCAGACCAGCUUGGACGCUUUACUCUCUGGGUUUCAUCAUCGAUUCCGUGCAAAGUGAAACCACUUGCGCCAGAAGCAGCUGGGCGACGAGUGACCCUAUCGGAUCUUGGUAUCUUAACUCCUGGAAGGGAUCGAAUGUUGGCCCCAUUGGAGACGACGCGAUUGACACGGAUCAAAUUGAUCGGGAGAAGUAGACGGUCUACGAUUGGGAAUCGCGCCGUUGGACCUUCACCCAUGUUGAUGACGGUAGAGCUUGGUCAGGGGCCAUACAAGGAAAUAUUGGCUACCUCCGAAGAUGGAAACCACAGCGAUGCCAUAUCGGGAGUACGGAUUGAGGAUUUUAAUCUGCACCCAGGCCUGGAAGACCAGGGUGGAGCCUGGAUCGUCAUCGAGCGGAUCGGAGGGCCUGGAGGGCAGGUUGAGGAUCAUUUUGAAGUCGAGGCUUUGGCCGAGGAAAAGGUGGAUAUUGGAGAAUGGAUCGUCGAAGAGGCAUGACUGGGGAUGCUUUCUUUGUCCUGAGAGCGGGAGCUCAUGUCCAUCGAGAAGAUAGUGUAAAAGAUACUCCGAUAGGGAGUGAUUACUAUGUACCAAAAGAAAACCCAUUAAAUUCUGGAG